CGCACCGACUGGGUGUCCUGCAGGAGCCUCUCCCGGAACCUGUCGCAGCUCCUGGGGGAUCUGGAGGAGCAGCACGGCUUCCUGAAGGACAUCCGGCUGGACGAGGAGGCCCCCGACGAGGACUGGCCCCCCCGCAUCCGCUGCAGCGACGCCUGCGACCCCUCCACGCUGGACACCAACAACACGCGCUGCCUGCGGCGCAUCCUGCAAGGGCUGCAGCACUACCGGGACCUGCUGGACUCGGACGUGUUCAGCGGCCGCCGGCAGCCCGAGCUGCAGCGGGCCCUGGAGCAGCUGCUGGCGCUCGUGCAGCAGGAGCAGGGCCGCCCCCCCCGGCGCCCGCCGGCCCCCAGCCCGCCCUGGGCGCAGGCGCUGCUGCAGCACCAGGCGCUCGAGCAGCUCCAGUCCUUCACGGCCGUCAUGAGCCGCGUCUUCACCCACAGCGCCAGCACCCGCUGA